AUAAAUAUGACAGGACCGCCAUCAAAAGGAAAGUAGGGAACUUUAAGCAAAAACCGAGUCAGAUCUGAUAGCCCAGGUCAAAUCCCGAAGAUUGGUGCUCUAAUUUUAAAACCUCCAGUUUAUAAAUAUCCCCUCCUGGAGUCACUUAUAGGGCUAAAACUCUAGAAUCCAGAGGUCUCAAUAACCAUGAUUUCCUAAACUCUAGAAAACAUGUUGCUUCUACCCUCAGACCAUCAACCACAAACGAAAAGAGUUGAAACCCGAAUUUGAAUUCAAGUAUUAAAACAAAAGAGAAGAAUGGCUAGGUCAAAUCCCCUUCGAAAUUGGAGGACAAUUUACCCGGUUGAAGAUUAAUCUCUACGGUCAAGGAGAAGGAUGUCGCAACUGCUAAGUCUGAUCCACCUCCCCAACUCCAAGCUGCCGGCUACAAGUGAUAGGUCAUGCUUUCUACCCCAACCUCUUGCAAUUCAAGAACUCCUCUUCUUGCAAUUCAAGAACUCCUCUUCAGGAAAUGCUUUCUCUUUCUCAACAGCUUUUGUGUUUGCUAUCACCCUUCCCAGUGUCUCCCCUGGUUAUGGCCUUGCCUUUGUAAUCUCUCCUAAUGCUCAAUUUGAAAGAGCUAAUGCCACACAGUACCUCGGACUCUUCAACCUCACGGGCAAUGGUGACUCUGAAAAUCAAGUUUUUGCAGUGGAAUUCGAUACCGUCAAGAACAUCGAUGUAGGUGACAUUGAUAGCAACCAUGUGGGCAUCGACCUCAAUAAUGUGAGGUCGAGUGUAGCGACUUCUGCAGCCUAUUAUCUCACAGAGGAUCAUCAGACCACCAAACAUAAUCUAAGUCUCAAGAGUGAAGACCCACUUCAGGUAUGGAUAGAAUAUGAUGGCACAGAGAAGUUACUCAAUAUAACUCUGUCUCCUAUCAGGAUGGCGGGAAGGACCGGUCUGCCUUUGAUUUCUUCCAGGGUCGAUCUCUCCCCUAUCCUGCAGGAGUACAUGUAUGUGGGUUUCUCUGCAAGCACAGGCAUCAUGGCAAGCUGCCAUUACAUUACGGGAUGGAGCUUCAUGAUAAAUGGCAGAGCUCAAGAUUUGGAUAUCUCGGAUCUUCCUUCGUACCCGAGAUCCAAAUCAUCUAAAGAGCUUUUCAUGGUUUCUAAGAUUGGGAUCUCGCUUUCCUCAAUAAUCCUUGCCAUUGCAGCCAUUUCUGUGAUUCUAUACCUUGUUCGGAAGCGAACAGAUGGGGAAACUGUGGAAGACUGUGAGUUGGCAAAUGGUUGCCCCCAUAGGCUCUCAUACAAGGAAAUCUUUAUAGCUACAAAAGGAUUCCAUGAUGAUGAGUUAAUAGGAUUCGGAGGAUUUGGGAAGGUUUACAAAGGUGUAAUGCCGGACUCGGGUCUGCAAGUUGCGGUGAAGAAAGUUGCACAUGAAUCAGAGCGAAGGGUGCGAGAAUUCCUGGCAGAGAUCUCCAGCAUGGGUAAACUAGGGCACCGGAACCUGGUGCCACUCCUCGGAUGGCUCAAGCAGAAAACCGAGCUCAUAAUAGUUUACGAGUACAUGCCCCACGGUAGUCUCGACAAGCACCUGUUCUAUGACAACGUGCCACCCCUAAGCUGGAAGCAGCGGCAUAAAAUCCUCAAGGGUGUUGCUUCUGCGCUAUCGUACCUGCAUGAGCAAUGGGAGCAAGUAGUUAUACACAGAGAUGUGAAAGUCGGCAACGUGUUGCUAGAUGCGGAUAUGAAUGCUCGGUUAGGCGACUUCGGGUUAGCGCGGCUGUACGAGCAUGGAUCCAACACACAAACAACCCGUGUUGUGGGGACAUUUGGGUACCUGGCACCCGAGAUGUCCCGCACUGGCAAGGCCACCACUGAGACUGAUGUCUUCUCUUAUGGUGCUGUGUUACUAGAGAUGGCUUGCGGGCGCAGGCCUAUUGAGCGACAGAGGUUGCAGCAAGAAGUCAUUCUGGUGGAUUGGGUGUGGGAAUGCUUUAAGGAAGGAAAGCUCUUGGAUGUUGCUGACCCUAGGCUUGAAGGUUGCUUUGAAACUGAAGAGAUUACAAUGGUGUUAUGGCUAGGGUUGUGGUGUUCUCACCCAGUGCCUGCUGCCAGGCCAAGUAUGAGGCAAGUUAACCAAUAUUUGGAUGGUGAUGUCCCACUCCCUCAGAUUUCGGCCACCGAAUUGGUUGUAUCAGAGAAGGAAAACGACCAUUAUUUGGCCCCACACACAUCUUCCCACAGUCACCUCUCCAUCUGCACAGAAUUUAUGUUAUCUGGAGGUCGUUGAUAUAUCGACAACAAUUUACUCUUUGUUUUCCUGUCACUUGUUUUUAGUAUCACAAUGUCUAUAACACAAAUAUUCAUGAGA